AUGUUGUUCGUUGAGUGUAAAGGUACACCGUUUGAGUUCUAUGCAGGUCUUUUCCUGAAGAACUGCAAGAAAACAUGGCCAGAAGUCCAACAGCGUCGCAUCGACUUUCGAGCAACAAGCAAAGGACAAAUGGCCCGCCUACCACGAGGAAAUGCGCGGCAUAGCCCAACGGCUCUGAAAGAGAACUUCUGGAUAUCGUCGCCCUCAACGUCCGCACGGAGAUUAAUUUCGGCUUGUUCAGUGACGGGUAACUGGGAUUGGAUGACGCAGCAGAAGGAAAACAUCAUCAUCACCAAAAUAACUCAGACUGACAAGCCGACAAUAAUACAAGUCACGGAAGCAGGCAUCAUCGGCAAAAUCGGCUUCAACGACGCAGGCGUGGGCACGCUGCUCAACGCCAUCAAAGUCCAGGGCGUAAACUCGGCGCGCAUGCCUGUGCAUUUUGGUCUGCGAAUGGCGCUUGAAAGCGCUUCUGUUGACGAGGCAGUCGGGAGGCUUGAGAGAUAUGGCAUGGCGUCUUCUGCCCACAUUCUGCUCGCCGACCCUCACAAAUCUCUGGGUCUGGAGUUCACGAAAUCGACCUUCGCGCAUUGCAUGCCUGAUUCAGGUGGUCGGGUCGUGCACACAAAUCACUUAUUACUGGAUCAUCCCAGCGAGAAGGAUACGGUGUGGAUUAAUGACUCGUUAAGUCGGGCGCAGACUAUGGGGGAGAAUGCUGGACGGCUGGGGAGUGGGGCGGCAUGGGAGGAGGUGGGCGGCUUGUUUGAAGACGAGCAGAAUGCGCCGGGGGCGAUUUGUAGGACGGAGACAGAGGUGACGGGGAGUGCGACGUUGUUUAAUAUUGUCAUGGAUUUGAAGGCGAAGAGGGCAGUAGUAAGGUUAGGGCGGCCGACGGAGGUGGAGGAAAGGGUUGAGCUAGAGUUGUAA